AUGGAAGUAGUUGAUUAUGGACAUUAUGGUCAAUAUUGUGGCAAGGUCAAUAGUAUUAGAGAGAAGUUUGAGAGAUCAGACUCUGACCUAUCUCCCUCCACAAUGAGAAAGCAUACUAGAGCACCCAUUCCUACAUUCCAACAUGGUGCUACUACAUCCACCCUGAGGAAACCCUGUAACAAUAUCAACAACCAUAACUUUUACAAUGAGACUACAGUCGUUGUAAAGCCAACACCAAUACCAACUACAUUGUCCAAGACCCCAUCACCUCAGACAAGACCAAGACAUCCUGUUCCCAAGAAACAAGUCUUUAACGACUAUAUUGAGACCAGUUAUCAAUCAUCAUCACCAGCUCCACCCAGACCACUACCUCAUAUUCAAUCCAAACCUUCACAAUAUAUUACAACACCAGUACCUGUUUCACCCAAGCCAUCCACCCCUACUCCUCCUACACCAAUGGCCUCGCACAGGACCAAGACACCAUCGCCUCCACAUCCUCAACAUUCACCAUUCAUUACACCUAAUCGUAUAUCACCUCCAUCUCCACCAGUUCAACAUAUUCACCAUCACCCAGAGAAGAAAGAAGAGGAGAAGAAAGGUUUCUUCUAUCAUAUCUUUACAAGAUUUAACAAUAAGAAGAAGCCAGAGGUAGGACUACCAUUCAAUGUCAAACAUAAUGUACAUGUAGACUAUAACUCGGUUACUGGAUUCGAGGGUCUUCCAAAGGAAUGGGAGAUUGUUCUAAAGGCAUCUGGUAUUACAAAGGAGGAAGUUGUGGACCAACCCCAAGCAGUCCUAGAUGUCCUGGAUUUCCAUCUAAGUUCCAAUCAACUACCAGUGAUCCAAGCACCAAGUCGCAAACCCUCGACCCUUGGAUGUAUCGAAGAAGAGUCCAACCUCUACGGAGACUUUGAUUAUGACAUCAAUAACUUCAGUGUUCCUGAUGAAUCCAACUUCUCAUUGAUUGACUUGAUCAGUAAGGAUGAUCCAACAAAGAUGUAUAGUGAUAUUAAUACAAAGAUUGGGGAGGGUGCUGCCGGAGAGGUGUUUGUUGUCACGAGACAAAAGACUGGUACCAAGGCAGCAAUCAAAAAGAUGCCACUCACUCAACAUAAUAUGAAGUUGUUAGUAACUGAAAUUGGAAUACUCAAGUCAUGCAAGCAUCCAAACAUCAUUGACUAUAUUGAUAGCUACCUUGUAGGAGACUCACUAUGGGUUGCCAUGGAGUACAUGGGCGGAGGAUGUCUAACCGAGGUACUCGAUCAGUUUGCUACGGUCAAACUCCUUGAGUCACAGAUAGCCUAUAUUUGUCAAGAGACUUUGAAAGGAUUGGCAUACAUUCAUAGCCAGUAUAGGAUACAUAGAGAUAUUAAGAGUGAUAAUGUAUUGUUGGGAUCAGAUGGAUCAGUCAAGUUGGCUGACUUUGGUUAUGCCGCACAGUUGACAAAGAGCAAACAGAAAAGAAUGACUAUUGUUGGAACACCAUAUUGGAUGUCACCUGAACUCAUUAGAGGCCAGAACUAUGAUAGAAAGGUCGAUAUAUGGAGUCUUGGAAUCAUGGCAAUGGAGAUGGCCGAGUCUGAACCACCUUAUAUGUCACUUCCACAUCUACGUGCAUUGUUCCUGAUAUCUACCAAGGGAAUUCCUGACUUGAAGGAGCCAGAUAUAUGGUCAAGCGACUUUAAGGACUUUGUUAAGAGGUGUCUUGAUAGAGAUCCAGAGAACAGACCAGACGCACAUGUACUUCUCAAACAUCCAUUCAUCAAACAAGCAUGCUCCAGUGGCAGUUUAGCCAAGACCAUCUUGGAUGCCAAGCGUGCCAAGGACGCACAGAAUAGAUGUACUACCAUUCAAAUGUAA